AUGGUUGCUAAGCUCAAGCAAAGAAACAACGCCAGCGUCGGCUCAGCAGCGACAGUUGAUACAACUGCAGUUGUGCGGGGAGUGAUCAGCGACAUCCGCGCAAAGGGUGACCAGGCUGUUCGAAGCUACUCGGAGAAGUUCGACAAAUGGAGUCCUGCCAGCUUCAAGCUGUCACAGGAGGAGAUUCAGCAGAUCAUCUCAACUGUUCCACAACAAAUCAUCGAUGAUAUCAAGCAAGUCCAGGAGAAUGUCCGUACAUUUGCCUUGGCGCAGAGAACUUCGAUCAAGGACUUUGAGUUGGAGAUUCGCCCGGGUGUGCAUCUGGGCCAGAAGAAUGUCCCCAUCAACUCCGUCGGCGCAUACAUCCCCGGUGGACGCUACCCCCUGUUAGCCUCAGCUCAUAUGACCAUUCUUACCGCAAAAUGCGCCGGUGUCCCCCACGUUACUGCCUGCACACCUCCGAUUGCUGGAAAGAUCCCUGCCAACACCAUUGCUGCUAUGUACCUGGCCGGAGCAGACGAUAUCUAUGUUUUGGGCGGAGUUCAGGCUGUCGCGUCCAUGGCCAUUGGAACCGAGACCAUGAAAAAAGUGGAUUUCAUUGCUGGGCCAGGCAAUGCGUUCGUCGCAGAGGCCAAGCGACAGCUCUUCGGCGUGGAGAUCGGCAUCGAUCUACCGGCCGGACCAACAGAGAUCCUGAUUGUCGGUGAUGAACAUGCAGACCCAUUCAUUCUGGCCACCGAUCUGCUAUCACAAGCCGAGCACGGGCCCGAUUCGCCAGCUGUUCUCAUCACCAAUUCCAAGGCAGUCGGUGAGAAGACUAUUGAGGAGGUUGACCGUCUUCUCAAAAUCCUCCCUACUGCGGACAUCGCCAGUGUUUCAUGGGAUCGUCUCGGUGAAGUCGUUCUCGUGGAGAACUUGGACGAGGCUUACAAGGUGGCGGACGAAUACGCAUACGAGCAUGUGCAAAUUUUGACCCAAAACCCCCGUGAGGCUUUGGAAAAGAUGUCCAAUUAUGGAGCCUUAUUCCUGGGUGAAAAGACUUGUGUAUCAUACGGUGAUAAGUGCAUUGGAACCAAUCAUGUUCUCCCCACUCGUGGUGCAGCUAGAUACACUGGCGGUCUGUGGGUUGGUAAGUACUUGAAGACUGUGACCUAUCAAGAGGUCACUUCGGCGCAGGAGUCUGGCGAGCUCGGUCUUCUUUGCGGAAGAUCUGCACGAGCGGAGAAUUUCGAAGGUCAUGCCCGUUCAGGAGAUGCUCGCGCUCAUCAAUAUUUGGGUGAGAAGUUUGAUUGGAUCUAA